AGGGUAUACCAACUAGAACAGGCUAUAUAUGUCCAAGGCAGUCUAAGCAAUACUGGUCUUGUCAAAGAUUUAUAGUUCUGAUCAGGUCAAUUACUUGAUCAUGUCUUCUGCACCAAGUGCACGCCCAUCCCUUAGUUCAUCACACAAGAUAAGGAGAAACCAAAUCAGUAAUGAUCAUCAAAAUAGAACUUCUUCUUCAUCAUCCAAUUUUGUCGUUGGUGGUCUAACUCAUCUUCCAUGCAGAAUGAGGAUCAUGAGUAGUAUCACUACAAAUAAAAAUGUUAGCUUCUUGUCAUUAUCGUCAGCAACAAAUUCAGGGUCUCACUACUUAUUUAGUAGAUCAUUACAACCAAAAAAACGUACUACUCACAUUAGGGAACUGAAUGCAACUGAGAAUCUCCCGGCUGGAACCCCAGUCCCAACCCCUCCUGGUCCACCUCAAUCUGGAUGGUUUAACUGGAUCAUCUGGACUGUAAUACCCAUGCUUUUCCCUUUCUUCAAGAACAAAAUGAGUCCAUUAAUGCUUCUUAAACAGAAAGUAGAAACAGUGGUAAACAUUGUGGAUCAUGCUGCCGAGGAGCUUGAAAAUGUAGCGGAGGAGGUGGUGAAGAUAACCGAUGAAUUUGAGCAAAAAGUACCUGAAGGUAGUGUACUUAAAACAGCACUCGGUUCUGUCCAUGAAGUUGCAGAGGAAGCUAUUAAAGUUGCAGAGGAAGUUGAAGACCUCGUUGACAAGGGAAAAGUGCUGGAACAAAAGAUAGAAGAUGCGAUUGAAAAGCAAGAUGCUUCAGCGGCAGCCGAGGGCCAGCAACAACAAAAGGCAGAAGCUGUAGAGAAAAAGGUGGUAGAUAUGGCAAAGAAGCAUGAUUCAGUAGUAACAGCAGUCAAGGAGGUAAAGACAGAUGCGAAGGAUUUUCUCAAAACAACAGAAGCCGCAGCUGUAGCAAAACAAGAACAAAAAAAUGCAGCGUCUAAUAGAAAAUGAUCAGCUUAAUUAAUUAGUUUUGCCGAUAUAAAUAAAUAAUUUUUACUUGUAAUAAAUCAGAAUUUUAUACAUGAUGAAGUUGCUAACUCUUAAAAAA